AACGCCUUGCACAAGUGGCCUAACACUUUUCAAAACAAUUUCCUUAUUUAAUUUACAUUAACCAAAACUCCUACGUGAAUUAUUCGACAUUCAUCUUGCUUGACAUGGAGAAGUUCGUAGCAUCUAUGUUGUUAAGUGCUGCUGGAGAUGCCUUAGGCUUUAAAAACAGUGAAUGGGAAUUUCAGCACGAUGGUGAAAAGAUUCACAAGCAGCUAAAAGAUCUUGGAGGAGUGGCGAAUCUUAAAGUCAGCAAGAAGAAUUGGAGAGUCAGUGAUGACACCAUACUUCAUAUAGCAACUGGGGAAGCUCUGGUAUCUGACUGGUCUUCGAAGGAGGAACUUUAUCUUAAAUUGGCCGCCAACUACAAGGAAGGGAUGAGAGACAUGCGUGACCGUGCCGCUGGCAAUACCUUACAGAUGAGCAUUCACCAACUGAAGCCAGGAAGGCCAGGGGGGUACAUUAUCCCAUUCAACCCUAGAGGGGGAGGGUGUGGGGCAGCCAUGCGCUCUAUGUGCAUUGGGCUCCUCCUCUAUCGACCAGAGCAUCUUGAUGACUUGAUAGCUGUUAGUGUUGAGAGUGGCAGAAUGACACAUAACCACCCCACAGGCUAUCUGGGAGCUCUCACUGCAGCCCUUUUCACUUCCUUCGCCAUCCAAGCCAAGCCCAUACGUGAAUGGGGGGUGGGACUGAUGUCAACACUUCCAAAGGCCUUAAAAUAUGUACAGUCCAUCGGUCGAGACGUUAAGGAGAAUGAACAGGGCUGGUCAUACUUCACCGACAAAUGGACAAAGUACCUCAUGUUAAGGGGGAUUCUUGAUGGCACUAAUGAUCCUAAAUUUGCAGACAGAUAUACAGUAUCAGACAGGGACAAAUUCUACAAGUCUUUAAGUUACAGCGGGUGGGCUGGUUCCAGUGGUCAUGAUGCCCCGAUGAUUGCCUAUGAUGCUCUGCUUGGAGCAGGGGAUUCGUGGGAGGAGCUUUGCCACCGUGGGAUGUUCCAUGGAGGUGAUAGUGACAGCACAGGUGUCAUGGCUGGGGCGUGGUGGGGUGCACUACAUGGGUUUGAUGGUGUUCCUGUAGGCAAUUAUAAAAAUCUUGAAUACAGAGAACGGAUUGAGAACAUUGCAAAGAAACUGUAUGAAAAAGCAGUAACUCUUGGUGAGACUUAAAUAUAUAUAGCCAAGUGUUAUAGCAAAGCCAUGGACAAGAAAAUGCCAUAAUAAUAGGCAUUUUUGUAAGCAUGUGUCACAAUUUACACACACAAAAAAAUAGACCGAAAACAGAUACCUCCCCCCUUGAUGAGAAAAUUAUUUUUCUAAUGAGUCGCCACAUGGCUUUACUGAAACCAAAUUGAUUUAAAAAUUGUUUACAUUGCUAUUCUAGGUCUGUAUGACCUUGAAUUGAUGUGGGGCAAAAGAAUGUCUUUAUAAACCUGUUUGACUUUUGAGAGAGGGGUUGACUGGUCCUCCCCUCGUGAAUUUUUCUUUGCAUCUCCCAGAAUGCUUUGAAAUGUGUAAUAAGAGAAAAAUAGUUCCAGAAGCCUUAAAGCAGUUGACAUUGUGUUUUUAGGCCAUUAAAAUGGACCUGGGGGGUCAGAAUAAAGGUAUUUAUUCGUG